AACACUAUUUGGUACUCUCGGUCUCAACUGUCAUUGUACAUGCUGUCUUCAGGAGGAAAAAAAUUGUUUUAUUGCAAGUAAUUGCAAUUUAUUUAUACAAAAAGUAUAACAUCAACAACAGUGAUUAAAUUUUGAUAAAAAAAUUCAUCUUUAAUAGAAAAAGAGUACUUCAAUGAGGAUACAGGAACUUCGACCUUAGGGGAAAGUAAUAGUGUUGAGCUAUCGAAUCAUAAACCAAUGACCCCUGAAGGCAAAUUUCGUUGCUAAAUACAGUUACAUUAUUCGCAAUUACAAUGGAAGUUGAAGAAAUGAAAAAAUAACCAAAAUGAGGAUAUAGUAAAACUUGAAAAAUUAUUGAAGAAGGUAAUUCGAGGAUGGAGAAAUACGUUGUUGACUCUUGACAGUCCAUAGGAAGUGUAAAAAUUUGCAUGAAAGAAAGUUAAGGAUGAAAUUCUUCCAUUGGUUAUUGAUAAAUAAAUUUCUAAUGGUUAUAUUUAUAAUCUCUAAUGUUCUAUCACAAGAAUGGUCAUUCAUGAGAUCUUUGAGAAGUCUAUUUGUAGUUGGAAGGAAUGAAGUAGACAAUAGUGGUAUUUCUUAUCCAAAAGUUAGAGAUGGAAUUAGGAGACAAAGAAGUAUACCACAAAAUGUGCCAUUUCCAUGUGAUACAAGACUAGGCCGUUCUCCAAUACCACCGAAUAGUGUUCAUAGACUACGUCCUGGUGACAUUGACGUCGUAGCAGGAUUAGGAGAUUCAUUAGUUGCUGCGAGUGGUGCUCUUGAAGAAUUUGCUAUUGGCACUUUCAUUGAAGCACGUGGAGUAAGCUGGUGUGCCGGAGGUCAGGGUGAUUGGCGUCAAUUUUUUACUCUUCCUAAUUUAUUAAAAGAAUUUAAUAAAAAUCUAACGGGCUACGCUACUGGAACUGGUGAAUUUAUUUCAUCAAAAGCAGGUUUAAAUGUUGCUUUUCCAGUAGCAGCAACAGAAGAUGCUUUACAUCAAGCAAAAAUCCUGGUGCGUCGAAUGAAAAAUAACAAAAAUAUCGAUAUAAAAAAUCAUUGGAAAUUAGUUACUAUUUUAUUUGGAGCUAACGAUAUUUGUUCUGGACAAUGUUACAAUUCUCAGCUUUUUUCACCUUCUAAAUAUGUAUUAUAUUUAAGAAAAGCUUUAGAUUAUUUGAAAUUUAAUUUACCAAAAACUUUAGUUAAUUUAGUACCAACAAUUGAUGUCACAGUGUCUGUGAGAGUACCUCGAAGUACAAUGUGUAAUAUAUUACAUCCGCUGUAUUGUGCUUGUCUACAUCAAGGACAAAAUCCAGAAAUGGAAGCAUCAAAAGCAUCUCGGUCGUAUCAGAAUGCAAUAAAAUCUUUAAUUUCUUCAGGAAGAUAUGACGAUUCUUCAGAUUUUACCGUUGUACUUCAGCCAUUUAUAACAAUAUUUAAUGCUCCAAAUGCUGAUCCAUUGAGUGCCCCACCUCUUGAUCCAAAUAUGGUAACAUAUGACUGUUUUCAUUUCAGUCAGAAAGGCCAUGCUCUUGCUGCCAAUUUAUUAUGGAAUAAUAUGCUUGAACCAGUUGGCAAUAAAAGUAGUGAUGGAAUACCCAGAAGAAUAAUGGAAAAAAUUUUAUGUCCAACAGAAAAAGCUCCUUUCUUCUUCACCAAUGUGAAUUCUAAAUUUUUUUAUGACACAGGUAAUCAAUAUGGCAUUAUUUCAUAAUAUAAAAAUUUUCAAGGAAUA